CACCACGACGACGACCACCAGCGAAAGCGCCGCGUGCAAAGACGAACCAUACGCCGCAGUCAGCAGUAUCGCCACGACGUCGCUUGCCGCUGCAUGUGCUGGGUUGACGAUGUUGGCGCGCAGCUUUCUUGCACCUCUCCUGCCCUAUGCGCCGAGCCCGUCAUAAGCACCUCCGUCCAUCCUCCGCUCCUGCUGCGGAACCAUCCCUUCGACGCCGUUGAGCAAUGCCUGGCCUGCCUGCCAGCGUUGAUCUCGACGAAUGCAUCAGCCGCCUUUACAAGAAAGAGCUUCUCGCCGACUCGGUCAUCGAGGCAAUAUGCGCCAAAGCGAAAGAGCUGUUGAUGAAGGAGAGCAAUGUCGUGCACGUACAAGCACCCGUCACCGUGGUCGGAGACAUUCACGGCCAGUUCUUCGACAUGAUAGAGAUAUUCAAGAUUGGGGGAUAUUGUCCUGAUACCAACUACCUCUUCCUUGGCGACUAUGUGGACCGAGGGCUGUUCAGCAUCGAGACCAUUUCUCUGCUGGUCUGCUUGAAGUUGCGCUAUCCAGAGCGAGUGCACUUGAUCCGUGGCAAUCACGAGAGCAGAGGCGUCACGCAAUCCUAUGGCUUCUACACCGAAUGCAGUCGCAAGUACGGCAAUCCCGCAGUGUGGCACUACUUCACGGACAUGUUCGACUACCUCAGUCUGUCUUGCGUCAUCGACGACAAGAUCUUCUGCGUGCACGGAGGCCUCAGUCCGAGCAUACACAGCAUUGAUCAAAUCAAGAUCAUUGACCGAUUCCGAGAAAUACCUCACGAAGGUCCUAUGGCAGAUCUAGUCUGGUCUGAUCCGGACGGCGAGCGAGACGAAUUCAGUUUGAGUCCUCGAGGAGCCGGAUACACGUUUGGCGCACAAGUGGUCAAAAAGUUCCUCGAAGUGAACAGUAUGAACCAUAUCCUACGUGCGCAUCAGCUGUGCAACGAGGGGUACAUGGUAAUGUUUGACGAUCGAUUGUCCACAGUCUGGAGCGCGCCAAACUACUGCUACAGAUGCGGCAAUUUGGCAUCUGUGCUAGAAGUAGGACCCGGCGGCGAGCGAAAAUGGAACGUCUUUGAAGCUGCGCCCGAGAACGAAGUCCACAGAGCAGAACAACAAAACCAGCAACAGCAUGCGGGGAACGACCCAGUACGAGACUACUUCCUCUAGAUGGUAGAGCAAGAACGACUUUCAGAUUCACAGCGCGAGAGAUACCACAAAUGUCAACACGAUUAUUCAGUCUUCGAACUUCGAGUACGUAUCGUGUUACGUACAGAUCCCCUGGUCGCACACUCACGCCUCUUACUACUAACAGCACUACUCACAUCUCUUCAAAAGCUUCCUCGAUCGUCCUCAGAUCGCUCUCCCGUUUCCUCACAACAUCCAGAACAUUAUCAUCUAGCUUCACGGUCUCCUCCCAGGUCAGUACAAUCGACUGUCGCAACUUGUGUCCGCGAUCAUCCCCGAUUUUGACGAGAGCGGGAAAUACCACUACCUCAUCC